UCUUUAUGCUCUUCCUUUUUCCGGAGACAACGAAGCCCACCAUUGGAAAAUAGUCACGCUUCCAUCUUCAUCACCAUCGAUUCCAUUUUCUGAUAUUCUAGUUCUCUAAUCUUCUAUACCAAACAAGUACGUAAUUAUCAUAUUUUUAAAACACCCUUUUAUUUUUUUUUUUUGAUAUUUAAAAUCCAAUCCCAAAACCAUUCAAAUACCCCAUUACCAUAUAUAUAAAUAAAUUUACACUCAUAUCUCCUUUCUCUAAAACCUUGCAUGUAGUUCAGAGAGAUGGCUUCCAUGGCUAGAAGAAGUUUGAUGUUUAGUAUGGUAUCAGUGACUGUGAUUGGGUUUCUUAUUAACAGUUCAUGGGCAGAAGAGGAGAUAAUAAAUCCAUCAAAGUUGAGAAUGUUUGUGGAUGAGCUUCCUGAUAUGCCUAAAUUAUAUGGAUUUGAGUUUGUCGAUGGUGUUCCCAAAUCUAAGUCAUUGCAGAUCGGAAUGUUCAAGAAGAAAUGGAAAUUUCACAAGGAUCUUCCGCCAACACCAGUGUUUGCCUACGGUGUGUCAAGGUCCAAGGCAACAAUUCCUGGUCCGACAAUCGAAGCCCUCCACGGAGUUGACACCUACGUGACGUGGAAAAAUCAUCUCCCUCUGAAGCACAUACUUCCUUGGGACCCCACCAUUCCCACUGCUAUACCUUCCAAUAAGACAGGCGUUCCUACUGUGGUGCAUCUACAUGGGGGCAUCGAUGAACCCGCAAGUGAUGGGAACUCAAAUUCUUGGUUCACUAGAAAAUUUAGGGACAAGGGCCCCACUUGGUCCCACAAAACAUAUCGUUACCGCAACCACCAACAUCCUGGAAAUCUUUGGUACCAUGAUCAUGCUAUGGGGUUGACCAGAGUCAAUCUUUUAGCUGGUUUGAUUGGGGCCUACAUUAUACGCCAUCAUGAAGUUGAAGCCCCACUUGGCCUACCCAAUGGCGAUGAAUUUGAUCGGACGCUCCUCGUUUUCGAUCGUAGCUUUCGGAAGGACGGUUCUAUAUACAUGAAUUCUACAGGAAACAAUCCCUCCAUACACCCUCAAUGGCAGCCAGAGUAUUUUGGUGAUGCUAUAAUAGUCAACGGGAAGGCAUGGCCGCGUUUGACUGUACGACGUCGUAAAUACAGAUUCCGGAUUAUCAACGCCAGCAAUGCUAGAUUCUUCAGAUUCUUCUUCACCAACGGUCUAAGAUUUACCCACGUGGCAUCUGAUUCAGCGUACCUAAAGAGAUCGGUUGUCACCAAGGAUUUUUUACUGGGGCCAUCUGAGAUCACAGAUGUGGUUGUUGACUUUUCACAGUCGAAAAGUGAUAGUGUUAUCCUUGCCAAUGAUGCAACUUAUCCUUAUCCUUCAGGGGACCCAGUCAACGAAGCAAACGGCAAGGUGAUGAAGUUUGUCAUACUCAACCAUACAGAACUUGACACGUCACGUGUCCCCAAGAAGUUGAUCCAGUACCCAAAGGCAAAAUUAUCCAGUGCAUCCCGCACACGAUACAUCGCAAUGUACGAGUACACGAGCGACGUCGAUGAGCCAAUCCAUCUAUAUUUGAAUGGUAAACCGUACGAAGCGCCGGUGACUGAGACACCCAAAGAGGGGACCACGGAAGUUUGGAACGUGAUCAAUCUGACGGAGGAUAAUCAUCCGCUGCACAUUCAUUUGGGAUUGUUCGUCGUAUUGAAUCAGACGGAGUUGGUUAACGUGGAAGAGUUCAAAGAUUGUAUGACGAAGCUAAACGACGCCGAUAAGUGCCGGAUAAGCAAGUAUGCACGUGGCAAAAGGAUAGUGGUGCCUGCCCACGAGAAGGGGUGGAAGAACGUGUUCAAGAUGAGACCCGGUUCUGUAACCCAGAUUCUGGUGAGAUUUUCUUACAUACAUUCGAAUUCAUCGUACGUGUUCGAUGCAACCGCGGAUCCUGGUUAUGUCUACCAUUGCCACAUCUUGGAUCAUGAAGACAAUGCGAUGAUGAGGCCCCUCAAAAUCAUCUCUUGAAUGUGUCCGACAGGUCCUGUGUAUUUAGAAGGCCGUAUCCUAACGGGUUAUGUUAAUAAAUUUGUCUAGAGAAUUUUGAAUAAUCCGGAAAUCCAGUUGCGUGGGUUAUAUAAUUUAAAUUCCCACCCCCCCCAAAAAAAAAAAAGUGUAAAAAUUCAUCAUUGGAUCACAGAUUCAGUAAGUUAUGUGAUUAGAUAAAUGGUAUUACAUAGUUGGUGGAAGAUGUAUGUCCAAUUUUUCCUUCUCUUGUAUGUGGUCAAUAAUUAGUUAUCAAUUUUUAUAUGCAUCCAAUUAAAUUUAUUUUUAGUUUUAAA